AUGCCCAAAGUCAAACGCAGCAAGACAAAACCAGCUCCUGAAGGAUGGGAACUAAUCCAACCCACACUCGACGAAUUAGCAGCUAAAAUGCGCGAAGCUGAGAACGAGCCACAUGAAGGCAAACGCAAAGUCGAAAGCUUGUGGAGUGUCUUCCGAAUCCACCAUCAACGAUCACGAUACAUUUACGAAAUCUACUACAAACGACACCAAAUAUCAAAGGAAUUGUACGAGUACUGUCUGGAUCAAGGAUAUGCUGAUGGGAAUCUCAUUGCAAAAUGGCGAAAGGCCGGAUAUGAAAAGCUAUGCUGUUUGAGAUGCAUUCAAUCAAAGGAUACCAACUUUGGAACUGCUUGUGUUUGUCGUGUACCAAAAGACAAGUUGGAAGAAGGUCGUGUCAUUGAAUGUUUGCACUGCGGUUGUCGUGGUUGCUCUUCUGGUGAUUAA